UCAUAAGUAAAAAAGCAAAAGAUUAGCAUGCUAUAUGUCAGACAGCCUGAACGGAAAAAUCACAACAGCCAAUCAGACCCAUCAUCUAAAUUUAGAAAAACAAGGCUUGACUCCUCUAAACCUAGGCGUUUCACACCCACACGUCUUACAAACGCUCCAUGAGAUGUUACCAAAUGCACAGAGAACCUCAACUAUGUUAAAACUUCUGAUUUUUUUGCUACUCUUUAGGACAGGCUUCAUCACAUCUGCUGGUGUCGUUCAAAAGAAAGUCCUGGAGACCUUCGCUGCGGGUGAAACUAUAACUUUAGAGUGCUUGUUACCUGAAGAGCAAGAGAACUACCUCUCCUGGUUCAAGCAAUCUCUGGGAGAAGCUCCAACAUGCAUCCUCAGUCUCUAUGCUGACGCUUUAACGCCAACGUUUUAUGGAGACUUCAAGCUCGACACAAGAUUGACAGCUGUAAAGAAAAAUAAUUAUUUUACUUUGACUAUAAAAGACUUAAAGCCAUCAGACACUGGAAUCUAUUACUGCGGUGCUCGGGACUAUGAUCAUAUAACUUUCGGUAAUGGACUGUUUUUAAACUAUAAAGGGGUAAAAACAAGACAACAUCACGUUAAGCAGUUUUUAUCAGGAGUGGACUCGAGCACUUCUGUAAAAGAAGAGUUUAACCCAGGAGACUCUGUGAAUCUUCACUGUACUGUUAUCACUGAAAGAUGUGAGGGGAAUCACAGUGUCUACUGGUUUAGACAUGAAUCAGGAGACACACAUCCAGGAAUCCUUUACAGAAAUGAUCAAUGCAGUAAGAGCUCUGAGAAAGAUUCCCAUUCACAGUCUUGUAUCUACAAUCUCCCCAAUCUCAGUUUAACUGACGCUGGGACUUACUACUGCGCUGUGGCCAUGUGUGGAGAGAUACUGUUUGGAAAUGGAAGUAGGCUUGAAAUUGGAGAACCAAAUUCGGAGUUGUCCUGGACUGACUUAAAGGUCACAGCUUUGGUAGUCACAAAUAUAUUGUGCUUGGUGAUCAUCGCUAUCCUUCUAUGUAAGAGAGCACAAAAACGACAAGAAACAUUUUCUGAAACCCGGCCGUUACAAACAACGCUUUCUUCGUCUCCUGCUAAUGAGGGUGUACCAGUGGAGCUCAGUUACGCAGCGGUACAUUUCCCUGGAAGAAACGCAAACAGACACGAGACUGAAAGAAGUGCAUGCACAAAUGUAGUGUACUCAGCUGCUAGAGAUCACAGUAGUAAAUAAUAAUUCUGUGAUGUAACAUUUAAAUGAAUGAUGUAAAGUUGUAUCUGAUGUACUGUAUCUUAAUGGUGUUGUGCGCUCUAAUAAAAGAAAUGCCAUUGCCUUACAAAAACUUGAUUCUAUUAUUAUCCACAACAAGCCUAACAGUUAUAAACACUGAAUGACUUUUUAAAGUGAAGUUUUAAAUUCAUUGGUGGAAAAACAUUUCAUGAAAUGUAUUUCUAGUUGCUGAGAGCCUUAUUCUUUCUCAAAGAAAUGUCUUAUAUUAGUGAACUUGUGAUCAGAGAAUCAAAACUGAAAUAUUGCAAUUUACCAGUGUUGUAGUCGAGA